ACUCGUACAACUUUGAACUACCCAGCAUCCUGAGUCCGCGUACCUUUUGCAUAAUCGGACAUGGCCGCGCAAGUCGACACCCAGACCCAGACCCGUGGUACGGCCCAGCGCGGUCGGCGGAUGAAUCGUGGUCGUGGCGGAAACAGAGGAGGGCGCGGAGGGAAGAUUGCGAAAGGACAGGCGGAGGGCCCUGCAAGUCCUGAGGCGAAGGAGCCUGAGGUCGUGCAGGAGGAAGGAAAGGAAGAGGCUAAGGCCAACGACCAAGCUGAGAAUGCUAGCGGCGAUGUCGACGACGCGGUCUGCUGGAUUUGCGCGGAGCCGGUCAAGUACUAUGCUCUGUCCGAGUGUGGACACCGGACCUGCCAUGUCUGCGCACUUCGUUUGCGUGCGUUGUACAAGAAGACAGAGUGUACCUUCUGCAAGGAGCCACAAAACACCAUGGUCUUCACCAUGUCCCCGGAUGCACCAUGGUCGUCCUACGACCUCUCUGAUAUGCCAUACAAGGAUGCGAAGCUCAACAUCUCAUUUGAGGCGCAAGAGAUGAUGGAGGACAGCCUGGUCCUCUUGCGCUUCAACUGCCCUGACCCACAAUGCGACUACAUCGGCAAUGGGUGGAGCGAUCUGAAGCUUCAUACGCGGGGGACGCAUGGAAAGGUUAUGUGCGAUCUGUGCAUACGCUUCAAGAAGAUUUUCGCGCAUGAGCACGUACUGUACAACCCCGGCCAGCUCCCUAUCCAUCUGCCUUCGUUGCAGAGAGGAAAUCGUCAAAGCGGAAAAAAGGACAAGAUCGAAGGCGGGGUGCAUCCCCUUUGCGAAUUCUGUCGCGAAUGCUUGUUCAGCGAGGACGAAAUGUUCAAACACAUGCGUGAAAAGCACGAAGAAUGCUUCAUUUGUAAGCGCAACGAAGUUAGAGACCAAUACUUUAGAAACUGGGAAGCACUGGAACAACACUUCCAGCAAGCCCACUACCCAUGCACCUACGCUUCCUGUCAAGCACAGAAGUUCGUCGUUUUCGGCUCUGCGCUCGACCUCAAGGCACACAUGGUCGAAGUGCAUGGCUCCGACAUGUCUUCUCGGGAUAUGAAGGACGCACGACGCAUACAGGCCGAUUUUGAGUUCGAGGAAGUCAGCGCGGGUGGAAGACGAGGAAGACACGAUCGCGGCGACAGAGAGCGUGAACGAGAGCCACCACCACAUGUGGGCUCCUCGAGAGCCAACACAGCUGGCGCAAGGCGCAGAGAAGCAUUCGGAGGUAACCUUACCACUGAAAGCGGACCUGGUGUUCCCAAUGACGGCGUGAACCACUCAGUAAGCCGUCGACAGAGCCCUUCACCAGACAUGGACCCUGCGCUCGCGGAGCGUUACUCAGCACUCUUUGCUCGUGUCAGCUCAGUCGCGCCCAAUCCCAAUGGUGCUAUCCCCGCUGUCAAGGCUGCCAUCCGAUCGUACCGCGCUAACGAGUCGGCUGCCCGGGACCUCAUCUCCACAAUUUGGAAUAUCUCUGACAACAACCUCGAGGGCACUGCGGGUGUGAUCAAUGCCCUUGUGGAGUUCAUUGAAGAGGAAGACAAGAAGAAGGAUCUCUUGCAAGCGUGGAACGGGUUCAAAAUCGAACAACGCAAUCAGUUCCCUGAGCUGGUCCCCUCCGAAUCAGGGUCGCAAUGGGCCGGCAUCACAAGUGGACGACUGCUCAACGCGAAGCAGUCGACAGCCUCUCGAUCUCGUGCUCAGUCUUCUGUACAAGUCCUCGAUCGGGUGGCGCGCGCUGCAGCAUCGUCCUCUACGAGGCUUGUUCCUGGGUCGGGAAGGCCAGCUGCAUCAGCACCAGCGUCCGCGGCGCCUGCCUUCCCACCUCUUGGCUUCCCACCUCUCGCUCCCGGGGCCAGUGCAGUGAGUGCACUAGCUCCGAAAGGACAGGGUCAGCGUAACACACCCUGGGCUGGCUCGUCUGCUGCAGCGGCUGCGGCUUCGUCCAGCGGGGCCUCGGUCAUUCGUGGCCCGACGUCUGUCCCUGGGCCCGCCGCACGCUCAGGCAAGGCCCCGCCGCCACCCAACCUCUCGAAGGCGGCAUUCCCCGAGCUCCCGUCGGCUUCGGCGGCGCGCGUGCCCAAGGCCGCAGUAGGCGGCAACAAAUCGUUGCAGAAUAUUCUGGGUACUUCGACGCCGUCAACACCUGUCUGGGAGAAGGCUCCUGUGAACUCAAGUGGUACAGGCCCGUCUCCUGAGACGGCUGCGUCUGAGUCUGCGCAAGAGAACGGUAAUACUGGGAAAGGGAAGAAGGGUAAGGGGAAGCAGAAGCAGACUUUGUUCACUUUGGGCUCGUUCCCGACUUAAGUGUGGACUGCACGUGUAUGACAAGAGGAAUAACCUUGUAUUCCGUAAAGAUCUGGUAUAGACACGCCUGUAUCGUCGCUCGCCAUCCCGUAUGGCCGCCGUAAUAGAGAUAUGUACCGGCGGUCAUGUUCCAUACGAGAGAGUUAGCAGUAUGUCGCCAAAGCGCACACGUGACACUCGCACAAUCGUGCUUUGUUUUAGACUCGUCGUCAUCCUACAGCCGAGCGAGGCGGUCUUGUAGACUAAACCGUGUAGAUGGUAAGGGCAGGAGUACCGCUGCCAACAGUGGAAGCCUUAGAGCUGAUACAGAACUCAGUUGUUAGCGACGCACCUGUGUAUUCCUCAACCCCAUCACUGAGUCUUCAUGAAGUUCUGCUCUCUUAUACGCAGUCUAUUCUCUUUCCGCAUGCGACACUUCUCGGCCUUGCCUCCGGGCCCAUCAUCGGGCAGCUGCGUCGGCUCGAGUAGCGUCCACAACCAGUCCGGAUACGCGUCGUCAGGCAACGCGGUGACCGGCAUCUGACCUUUCUUCCAGUUCAAACCGGCGAGGGUGGUGCCUUCGGCGCAACACGACUUCGCCGGGGCUGAGGCAGGAUGCGUUC